CCACAGCACGGGGUAGAGGGAGGUGGGAAACACACAAGACCUCCACAGCAGGGCAGGGAUGGUCCCAUCAACACAGACCACCAGGCCAAGGUGACAAGUCAGACCCUAGGUCAAUGCAGGAAGGCCAAGGAACAAGCCUGGUCUGAUGAGGUGGAGGGAGAUCAGGCACCUUGGUGCUCAAACCAGAACUGAGGACCUGGGCCAGCAUUUAAAUAGAGCCCCCAAGGGGAAGGGUGGGUGGGUAAGUGGUUGGGGUCUCAGGUGAGGCUGGUCAGGACAAUCAAGGGCAAUUGGUGCAGCCAGGUGCUCUGAUGUGUCAGGAACAGGGGAAGGUCAAGAGAGACAAUAGACAUGGACAAGAGAGAAAAAUAUCAAGCAUCCUAAAGAGUAGAUGAUUGAAGGGGCAACACUCUAAAGUAAAGGCAUAAAGAGGGAGUGGUUCUGGGGGGCUCCUGAUGCCAUGGUGUGGGGUGGGAUGCAGAGCAGGGCUGAGAGCAUGAUACCCCCAGGAAGUGGGGCGAGAGCCAGGGCUGAGGAGCAAAACUCAAGUCCUCCAUGUUCCCUCCCCCAGCUGCCAGCUGGCACUGCCUCUGCCCAGCCCUGAGCAUCACCAUGGAUGAGGUGACAGAGCUGCAGCUGGGAGGGAACUCCCUCCUGAAGGCAGUCUGGCUCGGCCGGCUCCGGCUGACCCGGCUGCUGCUGGAAGGAGGGGCUUACAUCAACGAGAGCAACGAGAAAGGGGAGACAGCCCUGAUGGUGGCCUGCAUCACCAAGCACGUCGACCAGCAGAGCAUAAACAAGGCCAAGAUGGUGAAGUACCUGCUGGACAACAGAGCUGACCCCAACAUCCAGGACAAGUCUGGGAAAACGGCCCUCAUGCACGCCUGCAUCCGUGGUGCUGGGGGAGAUGUGGUGUCCCUGCUUCUGGAGAAUGGGGCAGACCCCAGCCUGGAGGACCACUCAGGAGCAUCAGCUCUGGUUCACGCCAUCAAUGCUGAUGACAGGACUGUGCUGCAGCACCUCCUGAAUGCCUGCAAAGCCCAAGGGAAGGAGGUGAUCAUUAUCACCAUGGACAAAUCUGCCUCUGGCAGCAAAACCACCAAACAGUACCUAAACAUCCCCCCCUCACUGGAGUUCAAAGAGAAACCCGCCCCCGAAGCGUGCAUCUCACCCUCUAGUGCCCACCUGAAAAUCCCCAUUUCAGCACCUUCCUCUGGUGAGGAAGAGAGUGACAUCAUCAUCCCGCAGCCCGGGGACAGCCCCUCCAGCAGGGCUGCCCAGGAGCCCACCUCCCCAGGCCCGAGAGCCAGACCGGCUGGGAGAGCCCGCCUGCCCCAGCUGAAGCGGCUGCGCUCCGAGCCCUGGGGGCUGGUGGCCCCCUCGGUGCUGGCGGCCGCCGGGCACCGCGAUGACACGCGGGUCUGUGCCGAUGGUGAGGUCAUCACGGGCAUCGGCGACCUCUCGCUCUCCAAAAAGGGUCCCCUCACCUGGUGUGGCAGCAGCAAGAGCAAGGACCCCACACUCUUCCCCCCGGUAGAGGAGCAGGCUCUGAGGGCGCUGGCGAGGAAAACCACCCAGGAGAAGAGCCAGCGCCUGCCCCGCAGGAGCACGGUGCCCCAUGAUCCCGACAGCACCGGCUCCAGCACUGCCGGCUCCGACACGGCCGCGCUGCCCUGGAGGAGGCUGAGCGUGGAGCACGACUGCGACCCCCUGCCCUCCGGCAUCCCCGGCCCAGCCGAGGCAGGGAAGGGGCUGUCAGAGAGGAGGAGGCUGAGCGGGUCCCACCUGGCCUUGUUGGACACCUCACCCGAGUCCCUGGAUGGCAUCAGCAGCACAUCGGUCGGCACCGGCCGGCACCGCCCGCCCAGCUUGCUGGAGAGGCGGGGGUCUGGGACCCUGCUGCUGGACCAUAUCUCCCACAUGAGGCCAGGCUAUCUGCCCCCCCUCAACGUGAACCCCAGCCCCUCAAUCCCCGACAUUGGCUCCAACAGUAAAGCCUCCUCUCUGCUUGCCGCUGGCUUGAAGUCCCUGGUCCCCGUCGCUCCCAGCUCACCCAGACGGGGCGACUUGCGAGCCAAGAGGAAGCUCCUCCGGAGACACUCCGUGCACACGGAGCAGAUGCAGCAGCUCUCUGAUUUCGAGGAAAUAGUGGCCCAGUAGCCAUGUCAACAUUUGCUUCCCAAGAAAGUCACCAAACCAGCACUGUCCCUGCAGAAAGGGGACAGUCCCCCACUGAGCAGUCACCUGGUUCCGGGGAAGUAUUAAGGGCCACAGGGGUCUGACCUGUGCCCGGGGAAUGAAUCAGGGGGGUCCUGCUCCCACUUGCCAGAGCUGUUGGGAGAG